AUGCCUCUUCUGCCUAGUGGCUUCGUGCUCUACACUCAGGCUCGAGAGGACUCCAUGGCCGCGCACGACUCGACCUACGAUAUCGCCAUGUUGGUCAUGGCUGUCGUCGGCGCACUUCACGACGUCUGCCACUUCAUCCUCUGGCUGACUCUACACACGACCAUUUGGCAGAGCGUUGUGAAUCGUGCCCCAGACCUUUGGAAGCAGCUGACUGGUGCGCUGCGUGGAGCAUUCGAGAUCGUCGUUGGCAUUAUCUUCGGCCUGCCUGACACCUUGAAGUCCUGGUCGCGCGGAUUGUUUGCGGCUGCCGUCGGUCGGCUCCGUAUUAACAAGACGGCUGGUGCCCAGGCCGCCGGUGUCGAUGCAGAACGCGGUCCCGCCGGCGACAUUGGCAUGCUGUAG